AUGCAACCUUGGCCUGAUGGAGCUCUAUCUGCGAGUCGUUAUGCUUACCUUGGGACCUUCGACGGCACGAGUAACUUGCAGGCGGCGUACGAAUUCGGGAUUCCUUUGGCCGGGACAAUGUCGCAUGCAUUUGUUUCUUCUUUUGCUUCUUUCAAAGAUUUGAAAGUCAAACCCUCGUCCUUGGGACUCGACUUCCCCGAAGCCACGUUUCCGGAGAACUUCCUGGCCCUCGUGGACACCUACAACACCCUCAGCUCCGGAAUUCCCAAUUUCUUGUCAGUGGCCCUCGCGAUGUUUCAGCGGGGCCAAAAGCCCAAAGGCCUUCGCGUGGACUCUGGGGACCUGGCUUAUCUGUCGAGGGAGGCCCGGGAGCAGUUCAGGCAAUGCGAAAAUGCCCUAGGGUUUCCAUUUUCGGGUUUAUUAAUUGUUGUUUCAAACGACCUCAAUGAAGCGGCAAUCACGGCCCUCAACGACGAGGGCCAUGAGGCAGAUGUCUUUGGCAUUGGCACGAAUGUCGUAACAUGUCAGUCGCAGCCGGCGCUGGGCGUGGUGUACAAGCUGGUGGAACUCGAAGGCAAACCCUGCAUGAAGCUUUCUGAAGAUGUUGAAAAGACUUCUUUGCCAACAGCAAAAGCAGCUUACCGUCUUUACAACAAAGCGGGCAUUCCUUCAGUGGACCUGAUCCAGAGCGCGAACAUGCCCCCACCCCUCUGCGGCCGCCAACUCUUCUGCAAAGAUCUCUACGCAGAUAAGAAAAGAUGUUUUUUUGUGCCGACAGCAGUUGAAGAACUUUUAGUUCUUUUUCUAGAAAAAGGCCGAAUUGCUGCAGAGCCCGACGACCUCCAGACUUGCCGGGCUCGCUGCAUCAACCAGCUGCAGCUCUUCAGGGCGGACCAUCUGCGGCUGCACUCGCCGACGGAGUAUAAGGUCUCUACGAGCGAAGAGUAUUAUAAGUUUUUCCACGAGAUGUGGAACGCGACGGCGCCGAUCCACACUAUUGAAUAA